AUGGCAAUCUCGUCCAUCUUUUCCGGCUUUCGCAAAUCCAGCUGGCUUCACCUCUUCCUGCGCAGCUUCCAAUUGAUCGACGCUCUCGUCGUCAUAGGAAUGUACGGCGUCGACCUGAAUGCGGCGAUGAAAGCGUCAAAAUACGCCGACGGCAAAUGGGUCUUCGCUGUCACAACGGGCAGUCUCGCCGCAGUCACCGCCCUGAUCUUCAGUCUCGCGUCCAUCCUCAUCCAAUACCGGACCGUGGCAUUGCUGUUCGCGUGGGAUUGGACCCUCACCAUCCUCUUCGCCGUGCUUUCUGGCAUCUUCGGCUCCAUGUAUUUGCAUGAAAACAUCGAGAUGGAAUCCGGCAUCCACCGCAUGAAGACCGCCGUGGGCUUCGACCUGGCCGGCCUCGUUCUAUGGUUCAUCACAGCCAGCUUUGGGACAUGGUGGUUCUUCAGCGAGAGACGUAAGUCUUCAGAUCCCCGUCGCGAGAUUGCGCCCAGUCAAUGGGAAGGCAAUGCUGGUCUGCCCAAGCUGUCCAAGACACUUCGUGACGGGUCAAUGACCGGUCGUUCCUUCCGUAUGGGUUCAGAGGAGGACAAGUCACGCGCAGUAGAAGUGUAA